CUGUGCACGGCGUGGCCCAGGCACGAUUUGGCGGACGGGUACCUGCAGCUUGAUCUGACUUGCAGAACCGCAGGUGUAAGUGCAAGGGACCUAAAGGGCCUCACGCUGAAUGUCAGCCAGCUGAAGCUUCUGGCGUAUCGCCAGUUAAAAAAGGCGACUGUGAAAGUGGUCCUUAAGAGCUCUGCACUGAAAAAGUCGACUUCCAGAGCAGUGUUGCAGGAGACGAUCAGAGAACUGCUAAGAAGUGUUUAUGUUUCACUUCAUUAUGUUGUUACUGUUGCCCCAAGUCUUGAAAAUCCCGUGGUGUGUAUUGAAAUACUAUCUGUAGACCCUUUGAUGGCUGAAGCCGGACUGAUAACCCCCCAAACAAGCAUAAAAAUUAAGGACGUGGUCACUUUUGAAUGGUACAGACAUUUAUCAGAAGACACUGCAAAAACUUCAAUUGCAGGACUAGAUGAUGUGGGAAAGUCUUUGAAAGAAAUGAUUGAUCUGCCUUUCCAUUUCCCAAAAACUUUUAAGAAGCUAGGGCUUUCUGUCCCUAAUGGGGUGCUAUUAAUAGGCCCCCCAAAAAAAAGUCUUAUGGUAAAGGCAGUAGCAAAAGAAGUGGGUGCGUAUCUGUUUUGCAUCAGUGGCCCAGCCCUCUAUGGUUCAAGACCAGGAGAAAGUGAAGAGAAUUUGCGAAGAGUCUUUGAAAAGGGCAAAGAAAUGUCAUAUGAAGGCCCAACCAUUCUCUUUAUUGAUGAAGUUGACUCUUUAUGCCCGAAGCGAGGAAGUUCCAACAAUGCUCCUGAAGAUCGUACUGUUGCUCAGUUGCUAACGCUACUGGAUGGUGUAGGUAGUGAGGGUAAGAUGGUCAUUAUGGCAGCAACAAACAGGCCUGAUGCCUUAGACCCCGCACUGAGAAGACCUGGCAGAUUUGACAGAGAGGUGAUUAUUGGGACACCAACACUUACGCAAAGAAGAUCUAUCCUGCAGUUGCUUACAUCUAGUAUGCCGAUUUCUAUAGAUGUUGAUGUGGUUAAACUGGCAGAAAUGACAACUGGGUAUGUUGGAGCUGACCUUACAGCACUCUGCAGAGAAGCCGCUAUGCAGGCUGUGUUCCACAGCUCUUUGGAUUUGACUGAAAUGGUGAUUAACAUGACAGAUUUCCAAGAAGCUUUUAAAAAAAUUCAACCAUCCUCUUUUCGAAGUGCAGUUGGACUAACAGAGUGUAAACCUGUCACUUGGGAGCAAAUUGGUGGUCUCGAAGAUGUGAAAUUAAAGUUAAAACAGAGUAUUGAGUGGCCUAUGAAAUUUCCUCAGGCGUUUGCUAGGAUGGGCCUGUCUCAUCCAAAGGGUAUUCUUCUCUACGGGCCAUCAGGGUGUGCCAAAACCACACUGGUGAAGGCUGUCGCCACAAGUUGUCACUGUUCCUUUCUCUCUGUAAGUGGUGCUGACCUUUUCUCACCUUAUGUUGGAGAUUCAGAGAAGAUUUUGUCUCAGAUUUUUCGCCAAGCAAGAGCAAAUACUCCAGCAAUAAUAUUCCUCGAUGAGAUUGAUUCUAUCUUGGGAUCCCGGUCACACUGCAAAACUGGCCAUGGUGUCUCAGAGCGGGUUCUUUCUGUUCUUCUCAAUGAGUUGGAUGGUAUUGGGCUGAAAGUCACAGAAAGAAGAGGAAGCAAACUACAGCUUGAGGGUCAAUGUCAAGAACAAAGUGACGAGGAAAGAAAGUUAGAGUUUCAGGAAACUUUGAACAGAGAUUUCAUGGUAGUUGCUGCAACAAAUAGACCAGAUAUGUUGGAUGAUGCCUUAUUGCGUCCUGGAAGGCUAGACAAGGUGAUCUAUAUUCCACCUCCAGAUCUGAAGGGAAGGCUUUCCAUUUUGAAAAUCUGCACAGAAAAAAUUCCGUUAGAUAAUGAUGUGUCAUUACAAGAUGUGGCAGUCCUAACAGACUUCUUCUCUGGAGCUGAUAUUGAAAAUCUGUGCAAGGAGGCUGCUUUGUUGGCAUUGCAAGAGAAUGGACUUGAAGCAACUGCUGUAAAACAUGAGCAUUUUGUAAAAUCAUUGAGGACUGUAAAACCAUCCUUAAACAUAAAAGACUUGGAAUUUUAUGAAAAAUUUUAUAAUCAAGAAUUAGCCUCUUGAAUCAAAAAGGAGUGAUGUGGCAUAGGUAUUUUUAAAUCUAUUACAAAGACUUUGCAAUGG